AUGAGGUUCCUGUCAACCGUGGUCGUCUCCUUCAGCCUUGUGGCCUCGUCCCUGGCUGAGGUCGAGGGCACAUGUACCGAAAUCAAUCAGAGAAAGUCGUGGAGUGCUCUUACGGACUCUGAAAAGAGCGAGUAUAUCCAAGCCGAGUUAUGUCUCAUGUCGCACCCACCCAUUACUGGUCUCGUUGAAAAUGCAACCAACGUCUUUGACGAGUUCGCCAACGCCCACAUUGACCAAGGAAACAAUAUUCACUAUGUUGGACACUUUUUGCCCUGGCACCGUUACUAUGUGAGGGCCCAUGAAAUUGCGCUUCAACAGCUCUGCAAUUACACACGGGCUCACCCCUACUGGGACGAGCUCACCGAUUUCAUGACCGGGGACGUGAGUCAGGCAUCUGUGUUUGAUGCCACGACAGGCUUUGGAGGCAACGGCACGGCCGAGUCCUCCUGUGUCGCCGACGGUCCUUUCGUCAAUAUCACUUUGCACAUGAGCAACCACCACCAACGCGGCGACAGCUUUUGUCUCUCCCGCGGGCUCGACGAGAGCUCCCUGGCCCUGAUCAACAAGACAAACAUUGAAAUGUGCUUUGGCUAUGAGAACUACACGGACGCAUGGUCAUGCUACAACAGCAACGGACCACACGGUGCUGGCCACGGUGCCACUGGUGGUUUAAUGAAAGACCCUAUCGAUAGUUGCAACGAUCCAAUGUUUUUCCUUCAUCAUGCAUAUCUCGACAAGCUCUGGUGGGAGUGGCAAUUGGCAGACUAUCCGAAGCGGCUGUACGACAUGGGCGGUAACAACACGGCUCCGGACUCGAUUCUCGCCGUCGCCGAUCUUUCCCAGCCCGGUUCCGACAUUCUCGACUACAAUAGUGAUCCGGGCAGCACGACGACCUUGAAUCAUACCCUCUGGAUAAACUGGAUCGUGCCCAACUAUCAGGGCCUUAUAGCAACAGAGUGGAGGAUCCAGAUAAUGGUGAUAAUAGGGGUUAUAUAUAUUCAAAACUGA